CCCGCUAUCCCGCACCCUCCUUUCCUAAUCUCGGGAGGCAUCUUGCGACUGAACUGGAGAAUUCCGGGAUCUAGGCCAUACUCCUUCGCAGACAACCAGCCCAUCCUUGCGAGGAGGCACCGGAGAGCGCCUAAGGAAGAACGGGGGGGUGGGGGGAGGCAAGGUCAGUCCAGGAGGCCCAAGGACAGACAGGCUAUGGGGGGACUGGGACCAAGGGGGGGAAAGCGAAGGAGCUGCAGCCAGGGCCAGAGGAAGAGGGGGGCCAGCACGGAGGUAUUUGCGGGGGAGGUUCAGCAGCUGUCUUUCCUAAGACAGGGACACAUGGGCCUGGUUAUGGCUCUUGUCACAUGGAAAGUGGUUAGAAUGGAAGAGGGCAGGAGACAGGGCAGGCCGGCGCAGAGGUAAGCAGGGGUAGCGGUCCCCAGCCCCCAGGGCCGCAGCAGAAGAGCUCAGGUUAACUCAGCCCACGCCUGCAUCCUCCGUGCCCUCAAACUAUCUGCGCCUUUCCCCGUGACAGGAUCCCGGACCAGGUCUUUCUCUGACACAGGCAACAGCGGGUUUCCACUUGGAAGGGGGAAAUGACAGGAAAGGGACUCCCUGAGAGAGCACCAGAAAUUAAGAGUCUCCUUGGAUUUCUGCAACAGGUGUGGUGUCCAGGUCAAAGAAAUGUGGAUAGCCAGGAACUGAAAAAUCCCACCAAUCUAACCUAGGACCUCUGUGUCUCUUCCCCCAAGAACGAACAUGCCUUGCCAGAUUUCUCCUGUGAUUCUCUCCCAACUGUCCUCCAGCUAGGUCCCAGGUUCCCAUCUCCCAGACAGAGAUAGACUCCUAGGUAAAUCCUGCCCGUGGUGUGCAUGGGUGGAGGACCAGGGCUCUGUUAGUGGACCAUGGUCCAGCACCGGUAGGAAACAUCGUCACUUCCGGGGGCCUUCGCCAGUGUCUAGUGGCUCUCUGCUCUCUGAUUGGGCAAAAGUGGCCUGGGCAGGCGUCUGUUCCCACUGCAGUGGAGGGGCUGCGCCCCAACGCAUGUCUUCCUACUCAUCUGCCCCCCCCCCCCGAGUGCUGGCCUGCUGCGCACCUGGGCGCCGGAGCCCUUCUCCCCGGGAUAGACUCCAGACCCUCUUCCCCGGCCCACCUGUGCCCACCCUACUCUUCCCGGAAGCCCAAGGGCCGAGCCGCCUCCAUGGCCCCAGGAAGGACUCAGGGGAGAGGCCCCACCCAGGGAGCCGCUGCAGACAGACAUCCUGGCCAGAAUGGAGCUGACUGAAUUGCUCCUCGUGGUCAUGCUUCUCCUCACCGCCAGACUAACUCUAUCCAGCCCAGCUCCUCCCGCCUGUGAUCCCCGACUUCUAAACAAACUGCUCCGAGACUCCUACGCCCUUCACGGCAAACUGAGCCAGUGCCCAGACGUCCGUCCCUUGUCCACACCUGUCCUGUUGCCUGCUGUGGACUUUAGCCUGGGAGAAUGGAAAACCCAGAUGGAGCAGAGCAAGGCACAGGACAUUCUGGGAGCAGUGACCCUUCUGCUGGAGGGGGUGAUGGCAGCCCGUGGACAACUUGGUCCCACGUGUCUCUCGUCUCUCCUGGGACAGCUUUCUGGACAAGUCCGUCUCCUCCUCGGGGCCCUGCAAGGCCUCGUCGGGACCCAGGCUCCUCCCCAGGGCAGGACGGCCGCUCACGAGGACCCCGGCGCCAUCUUCCUGAGCUUCCAGCAGCUGCUGCGGGGCAAGGUGCGCUUCCUGCUGCUGCUCGCAGGGCCGACCCUCUGCGCCUCGCCACCCCCCGCGCCCCACACGCUCCCCAACAGGACGCUGGGGGCGCUGGAGACGGCCGUCCGUGCCUCUGCCAGAACCACUGGCUCCGGACUGCUGAACCAAACCUCCAGGGCCCCACAUCGGACCCCGAACAGGACGCACGGGCCUCUGCACGGAACUCGGGGACCCCCGCCCGCAGCCUCCGCCCGGCCCCCCGGAGCUCGGGACACAGGCUCCCUGUCCCCCAGCCUCCAGACUGAGCACCCUGCGGGGCAGCAUGCUCUCCUCUCUCCCUCGCCCACCCCAGCUUCGCCCCCGCUCCACCCCGUGGCUCCUGACCCUCCCGCGCUCCCCCCCAGCUCCCCCAGCCCUCUCCCCCUGUCGGCCCACCCUCACCCCCAGAACCGCUCACGGGAAGGAUGA